UCUGACGCUGAGGCGGGGAAGUUGGGAGGGGGGAACGGGGGACGGGGGACGGGAACGCGCGCGCGGAAGUGCGCGCUCGUCCGCGCAGCCCGGCUGCGUACAGUAGUGACGGCCGCGCGGGAGCGAUCACAUGACCUCAGCGGCUGCCUGUACAGUAAGACCCCAAUAUGGCAGCGGCGUUAGCAGUGGCAACAGCAGCAGGACCGGCCGCCCCGUAGACCCCCCUCCACCCCGCCACCGCGCGCCUCCGUGGCGUGGCCGCGUCUCCGCUGAGCUGCUUCUCCGGUCCGACUUCCCCUUUUCUCCCACCUUUCCCCGCCCCGCGGGAAAAGCCGUGCAGGGCGCAGCAGGCAAGGGAAGGCAGCCGGAGCCGGGGCACGGAAGCCUCCCAGUCAGUUCCGGACCCGACAUGAGGGAAAAGGGCCGUAGGAAGAAGGGCAGGACCUGGGCGGAGGCCGCCAAGACGGUCUUAGAAAAAUACCCCAAUACACCUAUGAGUCAUAAAGAAAUUCUUCAAGUUAUCCAGAGAGAAGGACUAAAGGAAAUCAGUGGGACUUCCCCUCUUGCUUGCUUAAAUGCAAUGCUCCACACAAACUCCCGAGGUGAAGAGGGCAUCUUCUAUAAAGUCCCAGGUAGAAUGGGAGUAUAUACUUUGAAGAAAGAUGUGCCAGAUGGAGUGAAAGAGCUGUCAGAAGGUUCAGAAGAAAGCAGUGAUGGUCAGUCAGAUUCUCAGAGCUCUGAGAACAGCAGCAGCAGUGAUGGCGGCAGCCACAAAGAGGGGAGAAAGAGCAGGUGGAAGAGGAAAGUACCAUCUAGACUGUCACAGCCAUCCUCUCCCCAGUCAGGCUGCCCAUCACCUACCAUUCCAGCAAGUAAAGUCAUUUCUCCAUCACAGAAGCACAGCAAAAAGGCAUUGAAGCAGGCCCUGAAGCAACAACAGCAGAAGAAGCAGCAGCAGCAGCAGCAGCAGCAGCAGCAGCAGCAGCAAUGCAGGCCAAGCAUGUCCAUCUCCAAUCAACACCUCUCUAUCAAGACUGUCAAAGCAGCUGGGGACCCUCUCCCUGCCAAACCUGCCCCGUGGGAAGGAAAGCAGUCUGAUGGACAGUCCAGCAGUCCCCAGAGCUCACACUCCACUUUCUCCUCCACAGUGAGAGUGGACAACUCUCUUCUAGCCUUGGGGAAGAAGUCUUUCCAGAGGUCGGACAGACUCCACACAAGACAGAUGAAAAGGACUAAGUGUGCUGACAUUGAUGUUGAGACACCCGACUCCAUUCUGGUUAAUACUAAUCUUCGAGCACUGAUUAACAAGCACACCUUUUCAGUUCUUCCUGGAGAUUGCCAGCAGCGCCUGCUUUUACUGCUUCCAGAGGUGGAUCGGCAGGUUGGUCCAGAUGGUUUGAUGAAAUUGAGUGGCUCAGCCCUUAACAAUGAGUUCUUCACUUCUGCAGCUCAAGGCUGGAAGGAAAGGCUCUCAGAAGGCGAAUUUACUCCUGAAAUGCAGGUGAGAAUUCGGCAAGAGAUUGAGAAGGAGAAGAGAGUAGAGCCAUGGAAGGAACGAUUCUUUGAAAGCUACUAUGGGCAGAGUUCUGGCUUAAGCCUUGAAGAUUCACAGAAACUGACAGCUUCCCCUAGUGAUUCCAAAGUAAAGAAAACCCCAGCUGAGCAACCAAAAUCCUUAUUUCCUUCAGAGGCCUCUCCUGUCAGAAUCAUCCCAGUAGUUCCUCAGUCAGAGUGUAAAGAAGAAACAGUGCAAAUACUCUCACCAUUCAGAAAAGAAGAAAGCCAAGACGAGGCACCGCCAACCUCUAAAUCCCCAGAACCCAUCCUUGCAUCAGCCAGCAAUACAAGUGAGUUUAUUACCAUGAAGUCCACCAAGUGCCCUGAGGAUGAGGGGCUCUUAGAGCAGAAGCCAGUUGUCUGUGCUGAACAGGAGUCUGAGAAAGAAAAUCAUGUCAUCACAACUUCUAACUGUAACAGAAGUGAGAACCAAGAAGUGUUAGCUACAUCCCCAAGCAAAUCUAAAAAUGCUGGGUUAGAAAAACCCGUAACAAAGCCUGUUGAAGAAGCAGGUCCACUGAACCCUGAUAUGAAGAUGCCUCCAGCAACUCUUACUGAUCAGAUCCCAGAAAGUCUCAAAAGGAAAUCUUCUCUUACCCAAGAAGAGGCCACUAGCAGCUGGGAGAAAAGACCACGUAUCACGGAGAAUCACCAGCACCAGCAGCCAUUUCCUGUCUCGCCACAGCCCUUUCUUAGUAGAGGGGACAGAGUCCAAGUGCGAAAAGUACCACCUCUCAAGAUUCCAGUUUCCAGAAUCUCCCCGCUGCUGCUUUCUACAUCGCAGGUCUCUCCCAGGGCUCGUUUUCCAGGCUCCAUCACUAGUCCUUACAGAACAGGAGCCAGAACUCUGGCAGACAUCAAAGCAAAAGCCCAGUUGGUCAAAGCACAGAGGGCAGCAGCUGCAGCCGCCGCUGCAGCUGCUGCAGCCGCCUCAGUUGGAGGGACCAUUCCAGGACCUGGCCCUGGGGGUGGACACAGCCCAAGAGAGGGUGGGGAAAGCAAAGCUGCUGGAGGAGGAAGUCCAGGCUCAGACAGAGCCAGUGCAACUGGAAAGGGUCCCACACUGGAACUGGCAGGAACUGGAAGCAGGGGAGGUCCGAGAGAGCUUUUACCAGGUGGUCCCCAACCUGAGACCAAUGCACCAUGCCAAGCACAGCCUCCUGGUGUCUCUGGAGCACAACUACAGCAAACCUCCUCAGUGCCUACAGCACUUGCCAACAGUGGAACAUGCACAAGCAUCCCAUUACCACCCCACAUAGAGAAAUCAAACAGGGAAAAACCGGAACCCCCCAAGGUAACAGCCACAGCAGCCUCUCCUUGCCACCCUCAAGAUCUGAGUAGUUGCAGACAGGAGAAAGCUCCUUCUCCAGAAGGGCCUGCUCUGAUCUCAAGAGCUUCACCUGUUUGUUUUGUAGCUGAUGGCACAGUUGAGCCCACAGCAGGUUCUAGUAAGAAUGCACCAAAGCCUUCAGCCUCAGCAAAGGCAGCUGCUUCUGCUCGACUGGAUCUGACUUCCCCCGCUGUAACAUCCCUGGUGACAACAGCCAGUUUAGAAAAACUCUCUGUAGCCCAGGUCAGUGGAACUUCAGGACCUGCUGGAGCAGCUUCAUCCUCAAGCACUUCGCCAGCAGCUUCUAGCCUUAAAACCCCAGGAACUUCUGCAAAUAUGAAUGGACCCAUUUCAAGACCAAGUUCUAGUAUCCCUGCUAAUAAUCCUUUAGUUACUCAGCUGCUCCAGGGCAAAGAUGUUCCCAUGGAGCAAAUACUGCCUAAACCUCUCACCAAAGUUGAAAUGAAAACAGUCCCACUGACUACGAAAGAGGAAAAGGGGAUAGGAGCAUUCCCUGGUACCAGUGUGAUGGAAAGUAGCACCAGAGAGGAAGUUAAUGGCAGGCAGGCCUAUCUGGCUAUCCAGCAGCUGGGCAAACCCUUGCAGAGUAAGCAGCUUCCCCAGGUCCCAAGGCCAGUCUUCGAAGCUAAGGACCCGAGGGACUCUUGCAUUGAUGCUCACCAGUACCCAGAAGGACUAAGUAAAACAACUCAAGAUCAGCUUUUUCAGACUCUCAUCCAGAGGGCUCAGAGACAGAGCGUUCUUUCAUUUGUACCACCCUCUCAGUUCAACUUUGCGCACUCAGGUUUCCAGUUGGAAGACGUAUCCACAAGCCAGAAAUUCAUGUUGGGCUUUGCUGGCAGAAGGACAGCCAAGCCUGCAAUGGCAGGUCACUAUUUACUUAAUAUUUCCACCUAUGGCCGGGGUUCAGAGAGCGUCAGGAGGACACAUUCUGUAAAUCCCGAGGAGCGACUUUGUCUAAAUAGCCCUCCUGAAGACUUGAAGAAGGGAUAUGCAGAUUGUAAAAACACAACUGGAGACAGCAGCAGCAGCAGCAGCAGCAGCAGCAGAGAAGAUGAAACUGAUGAAGAGAGUGUGGCAGACGAGCAGGAGCCUGUGUCAGUGAAGGAGGAGCCCUGGGCUUCUCAGAGUUCUGGCAAGCACCCCCACAGUGGGGAAACACCAUCCACCAAUGAUUGUUUAGCCAGCAAGAAUGGUAAGGCUGAGGCCCCAGUGAGUGAGCAAACCACUUUAGGCAAGGAGAAUUACAUAUUCUCUAGAAGCCAGACAUUGGAUGAAAAGACCCUAGCAAGAGAUUUUAUUCAGGCAGCACAGAAACAGAUGGCUCACGCAGUGAGAGGUAAGACGGUGUGUAGCAGCCCUGAGCUUUUCAAGUCAACUGCUCUUUCUCUCCCUGCAGACAGUCCCACGCAGCAGCCUCUCCUCCUUCCCCCUCUGCAAACCCCCAAAUUGUAUGGAAGCCCCACACAGAUAGGGCCAAGCUAUAGAGGCAUGAUCAAUGUCUCCACCUCAUCAGACAUGGACCAUAGCUCUGCUGUACCAGGUAGCCAGGUAGCCAGCAAUGUAGGAGAUGUUAUGUCAUUUUCCGUGACUGUCACUACCAUCCCUGCUAGCCAAGCUAUGAAUCCCAGCAGCCACGGCCAGACACUUCCUGUGCAGGCCUUUCCUGAUGAGAACAGCAUCGAGGACACACCUUCAAAAUGUUACUGCCGCUUGAAAGCCAUGAUCAUGUGCAAAGGAUGUGGAGCUUUCUGUCACGAUGACUGCAUUGGCCCCUCCAAACUGUGCGUCUCCUGCCUCGUCGUUCGGUAAUGAGACUACAGCUGUGUAAAGGAGGGGAAGGGAGGCUUAACAAGACAUGGUCGUGCACCCUUUGAAAUCACAGAAAUAAAGUUGCAGUUGUCUCAAGAGACGUUAAUCAGGAAUGCAGAAUGCAGGUCUUCAGAUUUACAGGAAGAGCACCUUGUAUAGUAAGUCUUAGUCGAGUAAGGACUAUGAAUUGGUGACAAGUUUGCACUUAAAAAAUCAUGUAAAUAUGUCACAUUUUGUUUUAACAUUGUUUUCCAAGGAUUUAGGUAAUGAUGUGUUAACUUUACAUUCAGAUGUAUGUUCCAUUUCUUUUGACUCUGAAAAUAGUUGAGUGGUGUGCAUGGUGAAAGAUAACUGUGCCUCCGGCCUUUCCCAGGGUGGGGAAAAGGGAAGAGUGGUCAGGAGGUGACCAUCAUGCUGGUUAUGUCUGCACAGGCUGGCUGCAGGUUCUUCACAGAUAACAUGCCUCUGACAGAUUUGGAUUGCGGCUUUACUCAUCCUUUUGCUUUAGGUGGAACCAUUUUAAGUGGAAUUUUUAAAAAGGUAUUAACUUCCCAGACAGUGUUUUUGAUCCUGACAGUCCUGGCUGAGCUUUUGGUCCAUGAAUCAGUACUGUUGUCAAGCAGAGCUCUGCUGUUUCCUAGUCAGUGCAAGUUAUUUAAGAAGGACUCCUCUAUUAGUCUAGUUGUCAUGGCAUUAGUUCCAGCAAUAAUACAUCCUGACACUGUAUCAUUCCUGGGCUCCCACAGACAGGUCUGAAAUACCAGUGUAAAAGAAAAUGCACACACACAUUAGUGAUUGGGGUGUGUGUGUGUGUGUGUGUGUGUGUGUGUGAACUGUGUCUUGUUGGCGAAGGGGAAUGAAGAAACAGCUGAAACUUAACCUUCAGGAAUUGGAAAAGUGAUUUUAACACUGGACACAAAAUACUUUCUUUUCCUCGUCUCUCAAACCAUUCCAGGUAGAAAGGCUCUGUAGUGGUACCUCUUUGCUCCUUUGACAUCCCAGGCAUGAGAGAUGGAUGCAGUGAUCUUAUGCCAUCCUACCACAGCACAUGUUUGCACCCCACACGUGGAGAAAGAAGACAGUGUGCUGCUUUAGAAAGUGAGUCUACUGUUCUACAGUUUCUGCUCUCAGGACAGCCGGGAUGCCCAAUGGGAAAGAAGGGGCAUUAUGAGUGACUAAUCAAUUAUCUGGCUGUGAAAUUUUACAAUUUUUCUUUCUUUUUGAUGAUUAUUCUUAAAAUCCUUUUCUAGCACUCUGGAGGCAGAGGCAGACUGAUCUCUGAGUUCAAGGCCAGCCUGGUCUUCAUAAUGAGUUUCAGGACAGCCAGGGCUAUAUAAAGAAAUCCUGUCUCCAAAAACAUAAAUAAAUAAAUUAAAGAAGUCUGUUUAAAAAAUAAAACAAAAAUAAAAAACCUCUAGUUGGUGGACAUAGUGACACAUACUUUUAAUCACAGCACUUGGGAGUCAGAGUCAGGUGGACUUCGGUGAGUUGAAGUCCACCUAGCAAGUUCAGGGUACACAAUAUGACACUGUCUUUAAAACAAACAAACAAGCCGGGUGGUGGUGGUGCACACCUUUAGUCCCAGCACUCGGGAGGCAGAGCCAGGCGGAUCUCUGAGUUCAAGGCCAGCCUGGGCUACAGAGUGAGAUCCUGGACAGGCACCAAAACUACACUGAGAAACCCUGUCUUGAGAAACAAAACAAAACAAAACAAAAAAUGAACUAGUUACAACCUUUAAGCAAAUACUUCUAAGUUACAGUUAAAGACAGUUUCAGGAAAACAUCAGUUCACCAGGUGUUUUGAUAUCAAGUAGUCUGUAUUGUUUGAUUUCAAGUCUCCUAUUUGAAGUGUGUGAUGUAAUACUACAGCCCAGUACAGGUGGGUUUCAAAAGCUAUUUAUAAAAACUCAGGACAAUUUAACCCUGUCACUUACAUCCCAGGAAAGGAGACAGUAAUGUGUUUGCCCGCCCACCUUGUGGUGCUCACCCCUGGCCAUCCUGCUUCCUGCAUCACACACAUGUGCUUCCUUAGUCCUUGCUCCAGACUCUGAAACUCACUCUUCCUUUUUCUUUCCUGCUCUCAUGGCCCUAAACAAUUCCAGGCUUAAACUCUGUGUUCCAGAACCAGUCAGGACAGUAUGAUGUCUUUCCAUCUCCCCUUUACUCCAGUGGAGGCACAGCUGAGAGAGAAGAAAGGCUGCAAGGAUUCCGGGUUAAGAAGUGAGUGUGUUCUGAAGUGAAGGAUCAGUAGGAAAUAGAAGCCAAGGUUACGCUCCCAAACCUUCAGGACCUUGGGUAGUCCCCAUGGGACCUUAAAAGACCCAUAGCUGAGUAGUCUUCUUGUCUAGCCUGCUGGAAGAGAAAUUCAGAAUGGACGUCAUGCUGAAUGUCAGUGGCUAGUUUGUAUUGGUGAAAGUAAUUUUUCUACCUUCUACCUUGCUCACUAGAAAGGUUUUGCUCCAUGGGUCCCUUAAUCUGAGAAUAGAUGGACAGGAGGAAGACAUUAGGGACCGUCAGGUCCAUUUAAAGAGGAAACCACAUUGUUCCUCUGCUCUUGAUCCAAAGCCAGGCCAUAUAGGGCCUAAGUAUUGCUCUUCAUCUGACUCCACUAAGUAACACCCAGCUAAUUUGCAUUCUGCUAUUCCAAAAGCAGAACUUGCCAGCUAGGUACACUGCCUCAGACUUGAAAAAAAAGAAUUUUUUCCAUAGAUUGAAAAUAUAUUAAAUAUGAAUCUAUUUAAAUGGUUUGUUUUAAAACACGGUUCCAGGUAGAAGAGGAAUCUCCAUCUUAUAAAUGAACAGAAAAGAAAAAUUUGUCUGGCCCUUUAAGUUGAAUUUGGUAUUCCAGUACUUGUUAACACAUUUUUUUAUCAUAACUUUUAAAUUAUUUUACCUUAAAAUUAACACUGAAGUGGUUCGAUAAGUGUUAAGCUUAUCCUUUGGACUUUAGGUGGUGAAGUUUUAAAUAUCAUACCUGAUACACAUGCCAGUGUGCCCCUCCAGCCUUCAGGUAACCACUUGUGCAAGUCACCUCUGGGAGAGUAUUUGUGACAUGUCAUCUCAGGGUCAGUUAAGUGUUCUCAGCUGCCUAAGUAGAACACUCCCUGAAUCAUAAAGGAUUUUUUAAUAAUCAGAACUCUUUAUCCUAUUAAUUUAAGGGGCAGAACACAAAUAACCUGGAGUCGUUUGCCCUGCUUCAGUUCCUUAACCCCUGUGCUCAAGACACUGAAGCUGUCUCCGAUGUUCUGUGUAGCAUUUCUUAAGAGUAAGAGCUGGCAAAUGAGGGAGCUUUUCUUGGGGUGGGGAGGCUGCACUUCCUGGGUGUAGAGAUGUGGAUAUUUGAGACCCUGUCUCAAAUGUAGAUUAACAGCCAAAGGAAGACUUCACUGCCUUCCAGGUGAAGGUAUGAUGUCCUGCAUAGAACAGGCCCAUCAGUUACCAUUCUGAUUGCUCCCUACUACUUCCCUCCACUUCAGGAAAUCUUAAUAAGCUCUUCGAUUAAGUUGUUUGUUAGAAUGAGGGACUUCCUUUGGUCGUUAUACUGCAGUUUGUUUUAGAGCUCAUUGUUAAUGAGCAGUGGCAGUUUUUUUUCUGACUUCACAUAACGAGAAGGAAGCGUCCCAUUGCAUUACAACAGUGUGUGCAAGUGGGAAGCUUGGCCAUGGGUAGUUUGCAGCUCCAUUUAUAGAACAGUCCAAAGAGACUUUGCAAAACAUGAUGACAGGCAGGGACCUUUUCCUAUGUGUUUCAAUACCUACAAACCUAUUGAACAGAACAGUAGGUAGACAUUUCCUAAAGCUGAAGCAAUAGCUUCAUAGAGUCUUGGUUACUUUAUUUUUUUUAAUGCUUUACAUUUGAUACAACUAUUAAAGAUCGAUUUUAAAAUAACUUUCCAGUAAUAUAUUUUAAGUAAUAUAUAUUUUAAUAUCUAUGUAAAAAGUGACGGUGGAAGACUGAGUUUCUCAUAUAUGGUAUGUUUAAUGUAGGAUCUCACUGUUAAGGCACAAAUUAUUUCAAAGAAGUUACUCUAAAAACACUCAGAUUAUUUCCCAAAAGAAAAGAAAAAGAAAAAUGCAAUAAGGGGAAUGAUUUGGGGGCUUUAUUUUUUAUUUUAAAAGAAAAUUGACUUAUUUACCACAAGCUAUUUUUUUCUCUCUGGUGAUAAGGUUUGUACAGACUGGUUUGGUAAAUGCUAAAUUUUUGUGUCUUUUGCCUUUUUAAAGGAAUUGUUAACAUUGGAAUUGAGGGUAUGUACAGAGAAGUUGGUGUCGACGCCAUUUAAUAAGUCAUAUUUUUUCACAAAUAAGGAAAAAUCAUUUUAAUAAGAAUUUUAAGUAUUUGCAAUAAAUAUGUAUAUAGAUUGUAUGUAUUCAUAUAUUAUUUUUCAUUUUAUUAUUAAGUAAAAGAUAAUUAAAAGUGAAAUUUAAAACCUUGUAGUUUUUGAUGAAUCUUGAGAGCUCACAUCUGAAUGUGACAUGGGGAAGGGCCCUCAAAUAGUUGCCUUAAACAGGUUAUGGGGAGGUCACCACAGACUGGGGAAGAGCAACUGAGGAACUUGGACAUAAGUCAGGGUAGUAUAUUUGAGAACGUAAGUAAAAAUAUGAAACCUCCAUCGUUUAUGUCUUGUGUUUUCGACCUCCUCUGUUCUUCUACCCACCUUAACGUCACUGAAGAGUGAGAAAACAGUAGUCUGUUGUAGUGUGCCUCGUUUCUUCUAACACCAAGGAAGGUAAGAAGGUGUGUUAGGGGAAACAGGCUUUUCUUUACAGUGAUGGAUGCUUUGUUAGAUGUUGCUGUCAUACCAGGCCCUGGGGAUGUUGAAGAACCAGCUGCUCAAAGAUAGAGAAGGCUUGUUUUCUGUUGUUUAGUCAUUCUCCGAGGUGAGUUUCAUAGCCAGAUUCAUGGCCUGCUUGACUGAUCUGGGCACGUGGAAGCUGGAUCUGCAUCAGAAGACCAUCUGUGUUGAUUAGGUCGUGUUUCCACAUGAUUGUGAGGAUAGCUUGUGUCAAGAAGAGCAUUUAGGGAAAUGAGCAGUGGCAGAAGUAUGAAGUUAAUUGUCUUGGGUACCACACCUGGAUUACUUUUGAAUCAAAGAGAACUCACUUGUGGUUGUAAAAUAAAUGAUUUUAGGGUAUAAUGGGGAGAACAGAAUAUCUACAUAGAUGAUCUUAGGGAUGAAGAUAGAUCUCCUGUUGUAUAAAAUGGGUAAUGAAGGGCUGGAUAGAAUUCAUUGAUGCAAGUGCGCCCACCUGCUCUUCCUCCUGUAUGCUGGGGUUAAAGGUCUGUGCCACCAAGCCUGUCUGCGUAGCUUUUUAAAAGUAACUUGAAGAUCCCAACAUCUGAGAUGGGUAAAAACAUUGAAGUUAGUUCAGCCAUCCAAGAGGAUGGUCUUCCAGAUCUCAGUGAAAGUACUAUUUCUAAAAUAAAUUUCUUGGGGCCUUGAAAGAGCUCAGUGAAAGCACCUGCUGCCCAAGCAUGAGGACCCAACCGCAGGACCCCAGAACCCAAAUAGAAGGUGCAUGUUGGUGGCAUUUGCCUGUAAUAAUACCAGCUCUUAGGGAGGUGGAGCAAGUCUGAUCUGGAGCUUCCCUAGCCAGUUAAGCUCCAGAUUCAGUGAGAAAACCCUGUCUCCAAAAAUAAGGUGGAGAUUCAACUGAGGAGAACAUUCCAACAUGAGCCUCUAUGCUCUCCAUGUGCCCAUGCAGGCAAGUGCACUUGAAUACAUGUGUGCACACACAAAGGAAAUUCGUUAACUCGGGACAUCUGCGUCAUAAUUCCUACUCAUGAAAGCAAUGAAGGUGAGACAUUUAAGUGUAUUGUGUCCAUUAAAAUAACUACAAUUAAGUAAUAGUGCUUAUUGAGUUCAGUCACUUCAUAAGCAAAAUCCAUAUUCAUGUGAUAUGGGACUCUGCUUCCCAGAGUCUUAGAAACCUAUAUUCGUUGCUUUUCUACACUACUUUAUCUUAACUGAUUUUAAGUCACAUUGAACAUUUCAGGCCUUUUCUAUGUAAAUCUUGUUACUUAAGUAUUUAUUGUGUGCUCAGCAUUGCUAAAAUGCAGGUUAUGCAAGAAUAAGAAGAAAUUCAUCAUAAUGGUUCUUCCUAAAAUUGCAGCCAUGCAGCACUGGCUGUAGUUUUUAGUGUUCAAUUAAUCAGUGCUGUGUUUCCCAAAAUAAGUAUCCAUGAGUUGUAACAUAGAGGCUUUGAGCACUGGACAAAGCAGUACUGACAUGAAGAAAAGAUACUCUAGAUGGAAGCAGCUACUGUAGUCCUAAGGUGCCACCUUAAUAGAUGGACCUUUUGGGAUCAUUGGAAUACAGAGGGACAGUCUAAAUAAACAGCUUAAGCAAAUGCAGCUUUAGGGAACUUUUAAACCUUGUUUCAUUUUUUGCUGAGAAGAAACUGAGUCCUUUCAUUUGAAUUCUUGUGUCCUUGGUUUUUCUCCAUAAUGAAUGGAUAGGGUCACUUUAAUAGGUAGUCUUAAUAUUGUAGAAUUGCCCUAAGUCACAGAAUGAUAAUACACUUCAGCCUUUUUCCCUAGGCCCAAGUCCUAAUUCUUUAGGACUUGCUGGGAGGUAAAAAGUCUUUGUCAGUACUUGCUCUUGAAUUUUUCUUACCUCUUGUCUUUAACCAGAUGUGUGGGUUCACAACCUGAUUUCUGUAUGCCAAAAUACCUGCAUCUACACAUCUACACUUCAAAGGGAUGCUCAGUGUGUUUCCCCAUGUGUGUUUCCCACGCUCUGUCCAGGACACUUGCUGCACCUGGGACAUUUCACAGAAGAUAGCCUGUAGACUGAGGAAUGGGUACUUCCGUAUCCAGUAGCUUUCACCCUUCCGCUAAGAAGAGGAGUUCCCAGAAGGCCUUUAGAACAAGAGGAGACCUGGAAAAGCCAGAUGAUCAGUUGUGGAGGCUGGCGGUGACUAGAUAGUGCCUUCUCCCAGGCCUCAGGCUCAGUUUUCUUGUUCUCAAAAGUCAAGCUGAGGGGUAGAAAUAAAAGUCAAAAGCUUGAUUUUCAUCUUAACUGCAAAACUUAAAGGAUCCCUUGGGGAGAAGGGUAAACCAAGAUGUGGUUUUCAAUGGAGCCGAGUGCCUUACUCUUUCACAAGCACUAUUAAAGGAUUGCAGGUUCAUUUAACACCAGUCAACCAUGAGUGCUGCAUGGACUAAAAGAACAGUCUUCUGUGAAUUAUGGCAGGGCUUGCACCUCUGUGUCUGUAUCUGAACUUUAUGAACAGUUUAUUAGUCUAACCUAAGCCAACACUCAGUUUUACUAAAUUUAAUCAAGGUUUUUCUGAAUAUCUGAAGAUAUGCUAGAAUUUAUUUCACACAUAGCCUGGGUCUUUCGUAUGGAACAUGUAGAAUAUAAAGUUAAUUUAAAGACAAGAGUCUAAUGGUUUGAAAUUACCUAGAGUUUAGGACUGAAAUUGGAGUUUCCCCUUGAAGUUAGCAAUCCUUUUGCAGUCAAGUUUUCAGGCAGUAUUAACAUUUAAAGACUUCAGUAGUGACCCUGCUGAACCUGUAUGGCAUCACUUUAGCACAUCUACAUGGAGUUCUGCUAGAAUCACUGGCUGGUCACCAGUGGCCAGAGGAGAGGGACGAAAGGUAGCAUGCCUGAAAUUCCCAGCAAUUGGCAGGUGAAAGCUGGAAGAUGAGUUCAUGGUCAUCUGCAGCUAUGGCAAGCUCAAGGCCAGGCUGGGCUGCACGAGACUGUCUCACGAGGGAAUGUCCUGGGCUGGGAAUGUGAUGGCUUCAUCAAACUUGUUCUCAGAAAGAUACAUGAGACUUCUUGAACAUGUGAUAGAUCUAGAGUACACAACAAAUGAAUCUCUAGAAGUUAAAAAGCCUUCUGUAGCCGUAAGUGCUUUGAUGUGUUUUCAGAACUCCUAAUUGGGUUUCUCUGCACACCCUUCACCAGCACCAAGAGAAUCCGAACAGAAGAGAUGGCCUUAGCAUUAGACUUGUUGACCGAAGUCUUUGUGCAUGUAGGCCUCAGCACUUUGACAUACGAACAGUCUGACUUUCAACUCCACACUAUUGUCUGUUCCUCUCACUUUCUACUCUUCCUUUUAUUGGUACUAUAGAAGCUGUCUUCUUGAAAGUCAAUGUAUGAUACGGUUCUGUCUUAAUGACUCCUGUUGAAUAAAGGCAUACACUUUCACUCUCA